CUUAUAAAGAGAGGGAGAAUUUUUACAGAGGAUCUACACUUAUAAUAGAAUACACCAAUGCUUCAUUUGUGGAUCUUUUAGAACUCCAUUUAUCUAGGAGCAACCUAUCGUUUGAAGAUUUUAUAAUCCAACAUCAACACCGAAUAUACCACUUGUGUUACAAUACUAAAAAAUGUUGUCAGUGCACCCCAGGUUAUAUUCUCCCAAACAACCGUAUUCUCUAUUAUGCUCAGUUAGAAUUAUUUUUUGAUAAGUAUGCAAAGAAACCCGGUCACAGGCUGGGGAAUCGAAGUGACUUUUGUUGCGCUAGAACUAAAACAGGCAUUACGACAAAUCUUCUUGAUAUAACGUUAACAAGAACUUUAUUGGUGAAUCUUUGUCAUGAUGUGUUCUGGUACAGCUGUUUGAAUUUACAAUCACAAUCCCUGGAGGAAUUCCUCAACCAAAACAAACACUUCAUUUAUCAUCUGAAGGAAGUAAAUAUCCCAUGUUGUCAAUGCCCACCUGGAUUCAUAUUCCCAGUAAACACUCCGUUGUUAGAUCUUCAGUCAUGGAAGGUUUUGUUUAACCUCCCCGAGAUACCAUGUCCACUUCAUCGAAUGAUACCCAGUGAUUUAGCGUGCACCGUGUCUGCAUCACGGGGUAUUGAUGUAAGACACCUUAGCGAUCAACUUACUAAAGUUCUUAUAGAACAGUGUUGUCCACUCAGACAAACAAUCGAUAGACUCAUCCAAAUUAGAAAUAAAGUACAAGGACAUUCAAGCGAUGGACGGAUUUCAGACCCUGAUUAUGUUAUGUACAAAUCAGAUAUAGAAUCUGGUAUUAUGGAGAUAGCUAGAGUUUGUAAAACGGAAGCCAUUACAAAACAGUCUCUAUUAGACUUAAACAAUCGUUCCCUGGAUGAAACUUUGUGUAUUCAGUAUCAGAAUAUGUUGUUGGAGCAGAUGAUGAAGGAAAAACGACUAGAGGAGGGAAUGGAUGAAUUAGUGAAAACAAUACCAGAAUCAAUUGAAAAUACAUUGAAUAACAAUAUGCCGGACAUAGUUGAAACAUUGGUGGACAAAGUUUAUGAUAAAAUAAACAGUCCUGAAGAAAAACUUACAGAAGAUCAAAAAAGAACAAAAAGCAAGCGUAUAGAGGAUACAUUUUUGCUAGUACAGUCCCAUACAAGUCAAGAUACCUUUGUGAGUUCAAACGCAUUAAAUAAAGCCAUGAUGAAUCUAGAGGACAAAGGAGUACAGAUAUUGACAGGGACUGCCGGUACAGGAAAAUCACGUAAUAGCUUAGAACUUCUACGUCAAUAUUCAACAAAUCAUGCAGGGUAUCAUGGCAUAAAGUUACAACAAGUACAAGAAUGGCGAGAUAUUAUAUGUAAAGACGACCUUUUGUUUGUACUGUUUGAUGAUAUAUUUGGACAAACAAGUUUUCAUUUCACGGCUGACGACGAAAACAUUUUUUAAUCUAUAAAUUCUGUAAUAGAAGCUGGUAAUGUUAAAGUUAUAUUUACAAUAAGGAACACUUUAAUGUCUGAACCUAACGUUUCGAGUAUGCUAAGUAGACAACAAAUAUUUAAACGAU